AUGGGUUGCCCAGCGAACGAUCUUGUGAGGUUGUUCGGUACUUGCCUGAGCGGGAGGUAUAGACAGCAACACUGGGAGGAACUUCUGCAGCGAUUCUACGAGUAUCUGGCAGAAGAAGUUGGCAACAACAAAAUGCCUUUCACUCUUGAUCAGUUAAAAGAGUCGUACCGCCGAGUCUUGCCUGUGGGUACCUUCCUCGUCUUAGCAACGGUCGCAGCAUUUUUUGACGAACUGUCGAAUUGCCCCGAUGAAGACAAGAAGAAAGAGGUUGCAUGUCAAUACAUGCAAGCUGAUUAUAAUGUGUGGAAAUGA